GGAAAGGGUCAGCCGGUGUCACUUAAGAAUAUAACUGUAAGUAUUCUUUCAUCAAAUGGCAGUGAAGAAAAAUCAGACAUAGAUGAAAUACCUAUAAAUUUUAUAGAUAUUAAGUUUUAUAUGUUGAAAAAUAA